ACAUACAGCAAUGAGAAAGUGAGAGAGAGAGAGAGAGAGAGAGAGUUGUGUGUUGUGUGUCGUGACUUGUGAAUGUGAGCCACCAUUUAUGACCAUACAUACCAUGGUUUACAUAGGCAUACCACAUGCGUGCUGAAUAAGCCAUUCUUCCUUAACCCUAGCUUAGCUAACUACUACAUUACAUUAGAUCCUGUCUUCCUCUUCAACCCUUUGCUUUGCGUCACUCCAACUCAACCACAUCUUCACUUUCCAUAAUCUCAUACAUCAUUCACCACUUACCCUUUUCAUUGCCAGAUCUCUCCAAUUCUCAACUUUUCACCCAUCUGAUCACUUUUUUUCACAAAACCCAUCUCAAAUUCUCCAUUUUUAGCUCCAGAUCAUUCUUGGGUAUCCUUGUUUCCGACCAAGUUUGUUUCUUUUCUGCUUAAUUCUUCUAAAUUUUGCAUUUUUUUAAGUGGGGUCCUCUUCAAUUUUGCUGUUUUCUUCUGGUAAUCUCGUUGUUUCUUUGUUUAGAUCUAGUUCUGUAACUGGGGUAUGCUUGCUUUGUAUGCGGUUCUAGUCUUGUAGUGUAUUGUUGGCAGUGACUAGUGAGUUCUCAUGGCAAUGCCAUCAGGGAAUGUGGUAGUGCAGGACAAAAUGCAGUUUCCUAGUGGUGGUGGUGCUGGCAGUGGUGCUGGUAGUGAGAUCCACCCGCACCACUACCGACAGCAGUGGUUUGUUGAUGAGAGGGAUGGGCUUAUUGGUUGGCUGCGAAGCGAAUUCGCAGCUGCCAAUGCGAUCAUAGAUUCCCUUUGUCAUCAUAUGCGUGUGGUUGGUGACCCUGGGGAGUAUGAUGCUGUCAUUGGGGCCAUUCAGCAAAGGCGGUGUAAUUGGAAUCAGGUGCUGCUCAUGCAGCAAUACUUUUCUGUGGCUGAAGUGGUGUAUGCGCUGCAGCAAGUGGCAUGGAGGAAGCCGCAGAGGUAUCUGGAACCAGUGAAAGUGGGUGCAAAGGAUGUUAGGAAAUCUGGUCCUGGAUACCGGCAAGGGCAGAGGUUUGAGGCUCCAAAGCAAGCUUAUAAUUCUAGUACUGUGGAGUCUUAUGGUCAGGAAGGGAAUACUGUGGUUACUGGCGGUGCGGAGAAAGGGACUCCUGUAGCUGAGAAGACUGAACAACUUAAUUCCGGGGGCGAGGUUGGGAAGAUGGAUGAUAAGGGUUUAGCAACUGCUGAGGAAAAGAAAGAUGCUCUAACAAAGCAUCCAACUGAUAGCAACUUGAAGAGCUCAGGGAGUUCUGAAGAAUCUCUGUCCAACUCAGAAUCUGAAGCUGCAGUUGCAACAGUUGUAAAUGAUGGACGUGUGUCAAAUUCUAAAGAGAAUGAUUCCCAUUCUAUGCAAAAUCAAAAUCAGAGCCCAAGUCUUUCAACUAUGGCAAAAACGUUUAUUGGCAAUGAGAUGUUUGAUGGGAAGAUGGUGAAUGCGAUUGAUGGACUGAAGUUGUAUGAAGGUUUAAUUGAUGGAACUGAAGUUUCAAAACUUGUUUCAUUGGUUAAUGAUCUAAGGGUCAGCGGAAAAAAAGGACAAUUGCGAGGAAGUCAGACAUACAUAGUUUCGAAAAGGCCCAUGAAAGGGCAUGGAAGGGAGAUGAUUCAGUUAGGUGUUCCCAUUGCUGAUACACCUCCAGAUGGGGAAAAUAUGACAGGAGCCUCCAAAGAGAUGAAUGUAGAAUCUAUUCCUUCCUUCUUUCAAGAUAUUAUUGAGCGUAUGGUUUCCUCACAAGUUAUGACUGUGAAGCCUGAUGCUUGCAUUGUGGAUUUCUAUAAUGAGGGCGAUCACUCACAUCCCUACAAUUGGCCACAUUGGUAUGGAAGGCCUGUCUAUAUCCUUUCCCUGACAGAAUGUGAUAUGACUUUUGGAAGAGUAAUUUCCUCAGACCAUCCAGGGGAUUACAGGGGCUCUCUGAAGCUUUCUCUUCUCCCUGGGUCUCUUCUGUCUAUGCAAGGGAAAUCUACUAAUUUUGCUAGAUAUGCUAUUCCUUCUAUCCGCAAACAACGCAUACUUGUUAUUUUUACAAAGUCCCAACCAAAGAAGUCACUGUCAAGUGAUGCUCAACGUUUUACCUCAUCAGCAGCAUCUUCUCAUUGGGGUCCACCGCCAAGCCGUUCCCCCAAUCACGUUCGUCAUCAUUUAGGCCACAAGCAUUAUGCUUCAGCUCCAACAAACGGAGGACUGCCAGCUCCACCAAUCCGGCCACAAAUUCCUGCUCCAAAUGGUAUGCAGCCAUUGUUCGUACCCGCACCAGUUGUGCCUCCGAUGCCAUUCCCUGCACCUGUGCCAAUCCCACCGGGUUCUGCAGGCUGGACCACAGCUCCUCCAAGGCACCCCCCUCCUCGGAUCCUUGCUCCUGGCACAGGAGUCUUCCUACCUCCGCCCGGCUCAGGUAAUUCAUCUCAACCGUUACCAGGUACUUUGGCUGAAGUGAACCACCAAACUGUGGAAACUCCAACCUUACAGGAAAAGGAAAAUGGGAAGGCUAAUCACAUUGUUUCCCCAAAAGGGAAAAGGCAAGAAUGCAAUGGACAUGGGGUCGAUGGAACUCAAGUUGAACAAGGUGUAGGGACACUAAAGGAUAGUGAUGAGAAAGCUGCAGCAAGUCAUUGAGCCUGUGCCAGGUGAUGAUAUAGUUAUAGAGAGGGAGAGAAAGAGAGCUAAAGCUUAUCAAAGGAAAAAGGGUAGGCUGCGAUGUUAACUUGAGUUUGAAGCAAAUGUAAAGCGCGGCAUGUCACAUAUACUCUGCAAAGGAGAGCAAGGGAAGUAGGCAGAACGUUUUGGUUCUGUUCAAAAUCCUUUCUUUGCUCCAGUCCUUUUUUUGUUAUCUUACUAUAUUAACUAUUACAGUAAAGGAAACCCAUUCUUAUCAUAA